AGCCGGGGGUGCAGGCCUACAUCGGGAACCGGCUCUUCAGCUUCCCCGACAGCGAGGUGGACUUCUACCUGCCGCAGCUGCUCAACAUGUACGUGCACAUGGACACCGAGGUGGGGGACGCCAUCAGACCGUACCUGAUCUACCGCUGCACAGGAGGCAUCACCUUCUCGCUGCUGACGGCGUGGCUGCUGGGCGCCUACUCCGCCGACAUGCACAUCUCCACCCAGCGCCACUCCCGAGGAACCAAGCUCCGGAAGCUCAUCCUGUCCGACGAGCUCAAACCCGCGGCUCCUCCGCCGGACGCCCACGGGGCCGCUUCCUCCUCGCCGUCCCACCGCCGCUGCCACCGGAGGCACAACAGCAGCAACACGGAGGCCGCCUCCUCCUUCUCUCCGGGCGGCCCCGCCCCCGGCUGGGAGGGGGAGGGGCUUGUUUCCCCGUCCAGGAGGACCCACCAGAGAUCCAAGUCGGAUGCCACGACGGCCAGCAGCGGGCCCGGAUCCGGCCUCCGGCGGACAGGAAGUAACCCGAAAGGAGAAGCCGUCCACGAGGAGCCGGAGCGCCUGCGGCCGCAGAGGGAGCUGGUGAAGGCGCUGCUGGGCAUCGGGAAGCGUCUGGCCACGCUGCCCACCAAGGAGCAGAAGACGCAGCGCCUGGUGUCGGAGCUGUCGCUGCUCAACCACAAGCUGCCGGCCCGCGUGUGGCUGCCCACCGCCGAGCGGCAGCACCACGUGUGCCGGAUCCCCAACACGCAGGCCGUGGUGCUCAACUCCAAGGACAAGGCCCCGUACCUCGUCUACGUGGAGGUGUUGGAGUGCGAGAGCUUCGAGACGUCUCCGGUUCCCGUCCGGAUCCCGGAGACGAGGAUCCGCUCGGCUCGCUCCGCGGACAACCUGGACUGCGGCGGCGCCGCGGCUAACGCUAACUGUGCGAUGACGUCGGACCACCGAGCGGGAAGUUUCUCCACCGUCCCGAACUACGACAACGACGACGAGGCGUGGGCGACCGACGACAUCGGGCAGCUGCAGGUGGAGGUGGAGCCUCACACCUGCAGCUCUGAUAACAUCAGUCAGUUUUCAGUCGACAGCAUCACGAGUCUCGAGAGCAAAGAACCCGUCUUCAUCGCCGCCGGAGACAUCAGGCGUCGCCUGUCGGAGAACCUCGCCCACACGCCCACGGCCUUCAGGAGGGACCCGGAGGACCCGUCAGCCGUGGCCCUGAAGGAGCCCUGGGAGGAGAAAGUCAGGAGGAUCAGGGAGGGUUCUCCGUACGGUCACCUGCUGAACUGGAGGCUGCUGUCCGUCAUCGUGAAGUGUGGAGACGACCUGAGGCAAGAGCUGCUGGCCUACCAGGUGCUGCGGCAGCUGCAGUGCAUCUGGCAGCAGGAGAGAGUUCCCCUGUGGAUCAAGCCCUACAAGAUCCUGGUGAUGUCUCUGGACAGCGGCAUGAUCGAGCCGGUGCUGAACGCCGUGUCCCUGCACCAGGUGCGGAAGCAGAGCCAGCUGUCGCUGCUCAGCUACUUCCUGCAGGAACACGGCAGCUUCACCACGGAGGCGUUUCUCACCGCGCAGAGAAACUUUGUCCAGAGCUGCGCUGGAUACAGUUUGAUCUGCUAUCUGCUGCAGGUGAAGGACAGACACAACGGGAACAUCCUGCUGGACUCUGAAGGCCACAUCAUCCACAUCGACUUCGGCUUCAUCCUCUCCAGCUCGCCCAGGAACCUCGGCUUCGAGACCUCGGCCUUCAAGCUCACCGCCGAGUUUGUUGAUGGUCUCAUCGCCGCCAGGAAACACAUGGAGAAGGUUCUGCAGAUAGUGGAGAUCAUGCAGCAAGGUUCCCACCUGCCCUGCUUCCACGGCUCCAGCACCAUCCGCGGCCUGAAGGAGCGGUUCCACAUGUCGCUGACGGAGGAGCAGCUGCAGCUGCUGGUGGAGCAGCUGGUGGACGGCUCCAUGAGGUCCAUCACCACCAAGCUGUACGACUCCUUCCAGUACGUCACCAACGGCAUCAUGUGACCCCAUGUGACCACCGGCAUCAUGUGACCACCAUGUGACCACCAUGUAACCCCAUGUGACCACCAUGUGACCACCAUGUGACCACCAUGUGACCACCAUGUGACCACCAUGUGACCACCAUGUGACCCCAUGUGACCACCAUGUGACCACCAUGUGACCACCAUGUGACCAUGUGACCACCAUGUGACCACCAUGUGACCACCAUGUGACCACCAUGUGACCCCAUGUGACCACCAUGUGACCACCAUGUGACCCCAUGUGACCACCAUGUGACCACCAUGUGACCCCAUGUAACCACCAUGUGACCACCAUGUGACCAUGUGACCACCAUGUGACCACCAUGUGACCACCAUGUGACCACCAUGUGACCACCAUGUGACCACCAUGUGACCCCAUGUAACCACCAUGUGACCAUGUGACCACCAUGUGACCACCAUGUGACCACCAUGUGACCCCAUGGGACCACCAUGUGACCACCAUGUGACCAUGUGACCACCGGCAUCAUGUGAACACCAUGUGACCACCAUGUGACCCCAUGUGACCACCAUGUGACCACCAUGUGACCACCAUGUGACCACCAUGUGACCCCAUGUGACCACCAUGUGACCACCAUGUGACCACCAUGUGACCACCAUGUGACCACCAUGUGACCACCAUGUGACCACCAUGUGACCACCAUGUGACCAUGUGACCACCAUGUGACCACCAUGUGACCCCAUGUGACCACCAUGUGACCAUGUGACCACCGGCAUCAUGUGAACACCAUGUGAACACCAUGUGACCACCAUGUGACCCCAUGUAACCCCCAUGUGACCACCAUGUGACCACCAUGUGACCACCAUGUGACCACCAUGUAACCACCAUGUGACCAUGUGACCACCAUGUGACCACCAUGUGACCCCAUGUGACCACCAUGUAACCACCAUGUGACCACCAUGUGACCAUGUAACCACCAUGUGACCACCAUGUAACCACCAUGUGACCAUGUGACCACCAUGUGACCCCAUGUAACCACCAUGUGACCCCAUGUGACCACCAUGUGACCACCAUGUGACCACCAUGUGACCACCAUGUGACCACCAUGUGACCACCAUGUGACCACCAUGUGACCCCAUGUGACCACCGGCAUCAUGUGACCACCAUGUGACCACCAUGUGACCCCAUGUGACCACCAUGUGACCAUGUGACCACCAUGUGACCAUGUGACCACCAUGUGACCCCAUGUGACCACCGGCAUCAUGCGACCACCAUGUGACCACCAUGUGACCACCAUGUGACCACCAUGUGACCACCGGCAUCAUGCGACCACCAUGUGACCACCAUGUGACCCCAUGUGACCACCGGCAUCAUGUGACCACCAUGUGACCACCGUGUGAACACCGGCAUCCGUUAGCUUGCGUCUUGUGUGUUCCGGUGGUUUCCGCGUGACUCGGGACUUCGGAGCUUUUAUAUUUUAACGUCUUCGUUCAUGUUUGAUGUUUCAGGACUUUUGAAAACAGGAUUAAAAAGCAAAAAACUCUUUAACUUCAA